GAUAAUGAAGAAAUUUAAAGUUAUGCGAUACACCAGAGAUUAAUAAAAUUUGAUAGUUUUUCAAUCAUUUACCUUCCUACAAAAAUCAUAAAUAGUGGAAUAACUAUUUCUGAAUUAUUUACUUGAGAUAUGUAAAGGCCCAAAGUUGUAUCGUUUCAUUUUAUUGGGCCUUAUAAUCUCUUAUAGAGCCCAAUUAGGCAUACCCUGGAUACCAUCACGUGCGAGUCACAUGACAAAGGGAAGAGGAAUAUAGCGCGCCGCGCUUGUAAAAAACCACAAGAAGAACCGUUCGGCCCAUUUCCCACCGUCGAUAGCUAUCCACAUCAGCGAUCCAUGUGCUUGUUCUUGAAUAGACGGUCCAGAUCAAUCCUCCUUCCCCAACCCCAUCACUCCUGUGAGCAAGCCUCUUUCCCCUGUUUCGCCUCUUUCUUCCCACUCUUUUUUUCUUUGUAAUUUUUUUUUCAAAAACAAAGGAAAAAUCAAUUAGCUUCUUCUGAAAGUAUGGCGGUUUUCGAAGAGGAGAAGGUCUUUCAGGAGGAAGUCGAUGGCGAGGAAGACGUCGACGAGGACGAAGAAGAGGGGGAGGAGGAGGAGGAGGGUGACGAUGAUGAGGAGGAAGUGUUGAACAGCAGCGGCGGCGGCAGGUCUGCGGAGGCGCCUAUUGACGUAGAAGAUGAUGAUGAUGAUGAAGACGGAGAAGGUGAAGACGACGAAGGCGAUGACGACGACGAUGAUGAUGACGAUGACGACGACGAUGAUGAGGAUGAAGAAGAAGUCGAAGGAGAUGAAGAAGAGGGUGAUCUGGGCACUGAAUAUCUAGUGAGACCAGUUGGCCGUGCUGAGGAUGAGGAAGAUGCGAGUGACUUUGAGCCACAAGAGAACGGGGAGGAAGAUUUUGAUGAAGAAGAAGACGACGAGGAUGAUGAGGGAAAAGCAGAGGUGCCACCCAAGAGAAAACGCUCAGGCAAGGAUGAUCCUGAUGAUAGCGACGAUGGGGGAGAGGAUGACGAGAGGCCAUCCAAGCGGUAGUGGUGUGGCCUCCUCAGAUUUCCAUCAGUCUACACAACACAUAGCUGUAGUUGGUUCAAUCAUAUCUCGGUCAUUUCUGUAUUAUGUUGGCAACACAUCUUAGGAUUUUUAUAAGCUGUUUUGAGAUAGUUUGAAAACUUUACUGGUUAGCUUUAUGUGAGCUAUACUAGUACUAUUAGCUUAGAGUAGUUUCUUCUUGCACCCUUGAAGUUUUAAUUGGAUAUUCACUAAUUAUCGAAUGGUUCCUAUUUUAUGUAA